AUGUCGGGUACAAUAGAGACUGGAAUGACCGAUCUUUCGCUCAAUAAAUCCACUACUACUGUGGAUUUGACUGCCGGCAAACAGAGAGCAAUUAUCAAUGGCAAGACACGUACGCAUCCUAGUGAAUGGGUCUUUGUAUUCCAGUCUAAAUGCAAAUACUUUCGACGCCUGUCUGAGAAAUACGGGCUUGACUGGGAGAAUGACAUGUUCAGCGCUGUAUUAACCAUCACGCAAUGGGUUCAGAAUGCAGCAAACGUGCACUUCAACAUACGCGCUGGGACCUAUCGAGGAGCUCCCGACCAGUUUGUUACGUUCUUGGAGGAUCUCUGGAGGAGCUUGCAUCGCCUUAAGGUAUCUGACGAGCAAAUGGACAAAGUGCGCGCCUUGAUGGGCAUCCCAGAAGGUCGGAAGCCACGGUGGUACGAUGCUACUGACCAGCAGAACGAUCCAUACGUGGAAUCCAUUGGUGAUGAGGCUCCUCCCUUCAUUCCAAAACAGAAGUACAAGGCCAGUUCUUAUGUUGAAAGGUGUGAAAGAGAUCAGUUGUUCCUGCCCGAGGAAGACAUUGAGUUCUCAGAGGACGAAAACGAGAUUGCAUGA